CGCCCGCAUUCUAAGGCGAGCCACACGUCGGCUGGUCACUUCAUGUUUACUCAAUUCGCUAUCGGAGGCAUCUCGCUCGACGCUGCGGGCCUAGUCGCCCUCGCAGACCUCGACACCAUCGCACGUCGGACGGCGCUCAUCGGCGGAGCAUCCUUCCUCGACGUUCUCUACCUCGCACCUGGCAUUCACUGUCAGCAGAAAGCAACGGAGCUCAAUGGAGGAGAGUACCCGACCACAGGCGCGAUGCACAACGGCUACGUCUUCCGCAUCGAAAACCAGGCGACCGUCAGCUACCUGCAGCGCGUCGGCAGGCCUGGACACCUGACCACCGUCAACGUCUCGACGGAAGAGCACAUGGGCCUCGCGGGCUUGUUUGGCGUGCUCUGGCGCACCGAGCGGCUCGCCACCCUACUCUUCUUCGUGUCCAUUGCGGCAAACUUUGUGGUCAUCGCGCUGCUCGGCAAGAUCCGCGACUGGUGGGCCCUGGGUAUCCUCGGCAUGUUGGUGCUCGCACGUCUCCUGAACGUGAUCGUCAUCAAGCUGCGGCUGGACAAGAACGGGUUCAAGGGGGCGAAGGAGAAGGGAGACGAAGAUGGUGACCUACUCAUCCUCCUCAGCCAGGAUCGCUGGGUGCGCAUGAGAGGUCGCAUCAACGACAUCAAAGUCGUCACGGCAGGGCAGUGGCUCACAGAGACCGAGAAACCGCAGAGCUUCGUCGUCAGCUUCGGCACGCUGCUGGUGUACGGCGCUGCCGCGCUGGCAGGCAACGCUUCCACUGUCGGGAGCUUGCUCGUAGCCUUGCUCUUGCUCUUCUCCGUUGGUGUGCUCGGGCUGGUCAACGCCGCGACCAAGACCUUGCACAUGUUCGGCCGAACGGUCGAAGUCGGCGAUUCAACGCGCUACCCUAGGCGAUUAAAGAUGGUGGAAGCGUUGCUAGUGGACCAUCCUAACAAAGAAUGGGCCAUAAACAUGGGUCUGAUUACGAGAGAUCAGCAGAUACCAAGUGACGCACCAGCACCAGGUAAGUCUACAGAAUAGUACUAUAGCGCGACACUGAUUAGUCUCCACAGACAUUGUUGAGGUCGACGUCGAUGAAGGCCCAGUGCUUAAGCUAUGCCGCAGGUUAUUCUCUGGGCUAUCUGAGACGCGCCCCAAGCGCCGGUUAGACAAGGACAGGGAUGUCGAGGCAGGGUUGGCCGGUACUAAGGGCGAGGUAUUUGCUAUGCAGGAGUAUUCAAUACCGGUGCUAGACCGAGAGAGGAGAGCAUCCUCACAUCGCGUAGACUCGUCGGAUGCAUCUGAUUUCAAAUAUAGUUCCUAGUGUCUUACCGUAUGUACUUGUAGAUCGUUCGGAGACUCAUUCUUCACGCCAUGUAAUUAGUAUACCAGAAUCUAGCUGUUCCUGACCAUAC